UCCAAAAGUUUUUAAAAGUCUCCAUUCAAUACAUUGUAAAUAGGCUUCUUCUCCCCUUUGGGCCGCCGCCGCUCUGCCUUCAACUGCCACCGGCCUGCAUCGCCCGUCGCAGUCUUCUACCCGUCUCCGUUCAUUACCCUCAAUCUCGACAGACUUGACGUGCUCUGCUCUAUGUGACUGACAAUGGCCGCUUCUCUCCAAUUCAAUUUCAAACCCGUAUUCCCUACGAAGUCCUCCACGAAUUAUGCUCCUAAAUUCAAUACAAUCCGUUGCUCUGCCUCUCCAACAUCCAAAAGCUACUCCAUCACUCUCCUUCCAGGCGAUGGCAUCGGCCCUGAAGUCAUCUCCGUCGCCAAGAACGCUCUGCAGCUUAUCGCCUCUCUUGAAGGGAUUAAGUUUAAGUUCAACGAAAUGCCUAUGGGUGGCGCCGCCUUGGAUUUGACUGGAGUGCCAUUGCCAGAAGAGACCCUUUUGUCUGCAGAGCAAUCUGAUGCCGUUCUUCUUGGAGCCAUCGGAGGGUAUAAAUGGGAUAAAAAUGAGAAGCAUUUGAAGCCCGAAACAGGGUUGCUUCAGCUUCGGGAAGGUCUUAAGGUGUUUGCUAACUUGAGGCCAGCCACUGUUUUACCCCAGUUAGUGGAUGCUUCAACUUUAAAAAAAGAAGUUGCUGAAGGUGUGGACCUGAUGGUUGUGAGGGAACUCACAGGAGGUAUUUAUUUUGGCAAACCAAGGGGUUUCAGCACAAAUGAAAACGGUGAGGAACUUGGGUUUAACACUGAGGUAUAUGCAGCCCACGAGAUUGAUCGCAUUGCUCGUGUUGCAUUUGAAACUGCUCGGAAACGUCAUGGUAAACUCUGUUCUGUUGAUAAAGCAAAUGUUUUGGAGGCCUCCAUGCUAUGGCGGAAAAGAGUUUCAAUGAUAGCCUCUGAGUAUCCUGAUGUUGAACUUUCACAUAUGUAUGUUGACAAUGCCGCCAUGCAGCUUGUUCGAAAUCCAAAACAGUUCGACACAAUUGUUACAAACAAUAUAUUUGGUGAUAUUCUAUCGGACGAAGCCUCUAUGAUCACAGGAAGUAUAGGGAUGCUUCCAUCUGCUAGCCUAGGAGAAUCGGGACCUGGAUUAUUUGAACCGAUACAUGGUUCGGCUCCUGAUAUAGCUGGGCAGGACAAAGCAAACCCGUUGGCGACAGUGCUUAGUGCUGCCAUGCUUUUGAAGUAUGGCCUAGGAGAGGAGAAGGCUGCCCAGAGGAUAGAGGCUGCUGUUUUGGAUACUUUAAAUAGAGGGUUCCGCACUGGUGACAUACACUCGGCUGGUUUGAAUCUGGUGGGAUGCAAGGAGAUGGGUGAACAAGUGUUGAAGUCGAUUGAUAGUACGGUCCCUGCUGCUGUAUAAAAUCUAUAGCAGGAUAGUCCCUUGGAUCAAUUUCUUUUUCCAGCAGUAGACCAAAGAGCAUUUAUGAGAUCAAGUUUGUGCAAACUUAUUGAAGUUUUUGAGAAAUAUUAAGUAAACUCUAAAGUUCCGUAUAAUUCUGUUGCUGUGGGUGUUGUAUCUGAAUAGCUAGACCAGGCUUUUAACAACGAUAAGAUUCAUGAUUUAUUUUUGUGGUAAUAUUGAAAUAUUCAUAAAAUUAUCGUAUUUCAGGAUUUGUUCGGCC